AUAAACGUCAUAUCCGGAUACAACAAAAAUACCGGAUAGUUUUCUGAGAGUUGUAUUUAAUGGUGCAUCUUUUUCCUCGAGUAUAAUGGACUUUGUAAAUGAACUUCAACUUAAUUUUACUUAAAUAAGAUGGUUAAACACAAAGGUACAAAACGUAAAAUGGCCCACACUGCAGCCAUUACAGAAGAUGAGGUGAAGACCCAAGAAGGGGCUGUGGAGGUACCUGGUGGAUCACAGGACAUACCUUUUGGACUAAAACCCAAACUGGACAAGAUCUUCAAAGAGGUGGUGGAGAACCUGCCAGAUAUAGACUUUGAUCUGUCAGAUGAUUAUUCUGGUGAUGAGGAUGUGACCCCAAUGACCUUCAACCAUCCAAUCAAAUCCCUGGAAGAGGAUAAAGAUUUAGACACCAGCCAGUCAAGUGAAUCACUACUUGACCUUUCAAAUAUCAGCUCAAAUAAAGAUGAGGAUAAUGACACCAGCUUCCAAAUGCGUGUCUUUGACAAUGACCUUGCAUACGAGCUUCAGAAAAGUGGCAUUAACAUAACCCCACCAACCGUGUCUGCAUGGUCGGAUAUACCAAUACCCCGAGAAAAAGACAAGAACAGACAGGAAUCACCAGUCUUAUCCUGGAAUGACAUGCCCAAAACUCCAUCAGACUCCGGUGAUAAAAACAUGGAGAAAACUGUUGAUAAAAAUAAAAAGAAGAUAGAAAGUGAUGCUUCUUAUAACAAGUUAGUAACAGAAUCCUAUGGCCAACUGAGUUUAAAUAGUAUGGACGAUAAGCUGAUACGCCGUCAGCUGAGCAGGGAAGCAAACAGGAACAAGGACAGAGAAAUGGCCACCAGUAUCAUCUCCCCUAGAGCACCUGUCCUGUCAACAGAGGUGCUUGAAAACAUUGAUAUAGAUGCCUUGCUUCAAAACCUCAACACAGACAACCAGUCAGUACCAUCAUCACCCAAACAGGCAUGGGUAGAACCAGUCUCUAGACCUGCCAAUCAUAUGGGAGCUAGGGAGAACAGGAACCUGAAUGAAAAUAGUAAAACUGGCGAUGGACUGACUCUAAUUCAACGGCUGGCCAAGAUGUCAAUGAGCCAAUAUGGGUGUGACCUCACUGACAUCGACCCCAGCACUGGGGCUAGAAAGAAGAACACAGACAACUCCAACAAUAAUCGUAACCAGGCAGACGCCAAGCUUGUUGACGGUCAGGAGAAAAGUACGGAUGACUCUAAGGCAGACGGCAAAUGGGCUGUGAAGGUUGGACCUGCAGAUACAGCAGGCAAGAAGCAGACAGCGUCCUGUGGUACCAGCACCAGCAAUGAAGGCCAGCCCCUCAGAGUUAUCAUCCCGAGGAUUCCUCCCAAGUCCACCCCACCCACUCUACCUACUGCACCUAACAAUCUCCAAGGGCCUAUGCCAGGAAGCAAGGAUCCCACGGUGUAUAUAGACCUGCGUAACUUUGAGCAGCUUCGUCAGGAGCAGCAGCAGAGCAUUGAACGAGUACAGCAAGUCUUGGGGAUACAGCAUGAUCACAUGCUUGUGUUGGAGAGCAGUGACUCGGAGGAAGACCCAGAUGACUGGAGACUUCAGAGACAGAAGUUUAAGCAGCACACCUUCAACUCCGCCAGGCAAACAAAGAAGACCUAUACAGCCAGCGAUAAACCACCCAUGCACCGCCCCCCUCCCCGUGUGAUAAACAUGUCAGAGCUGCCCAGCCGCACACAGAGGUCCCAGAGUGAGGAGGGGCCAGUAGAGGCCUCUGUCCCACAGAGGUCACCACCAGCACAGAGACAGGAGGGGGACGUGGAGCGGGAACGACAGGCUGACAUCAUUAGGAAACUUCGUGAGAAGCAGGAGAGUGAACGGCAGACCAAGCUGCGCCUACAGAAGCGUCUCGAGGCCCUGAGACCUGCGGCCUCAGUGAGCAGCAAACAUGACCCUGCUGAGGCCACACACACACUUUUUGAUAUGGAGGCGUCCUAUGAGGCUGCCCCCAGGAAUCUGCCCCCUGUGUUGACCUCUGAUACAGACUGUGUCCUCCUGGCCAUCCAUCUGUCCUCUAAUGGAGAGAUUGUCCUGCACAGGGGUAGUGGCAACAAAAGUGUGGACACAGGUACGGGUUUAUCUGCCAGCUACACCACGCUGUUGUCAUGGUUACUGACCCUGGUUCCCCAGGACUUCACGUACCUUCAGGGUGGAGCUGCAGGGACCCAGUCCCCCUGGGUGCCUCCAUUCCAUGUGGUGGGGCUACAGCAGGGUCUACUGGAUGAUCAGCUGUGUCUCAUGGUGGCUGCCACUCCCGUUGAGCAGUUUGAUGGGAAAGGCAUACAGAAGUCAAAGAAAAAUAAGAAAUCUGAUCGUCUUACAAACACAGCAUUUCAUCAGCAUCUCCAGAAGUACCUGGCAACCAACACUCUACACACAGUGUGUCCAUGGUUACAGAACAUGGUCUCCAUGGACGUCACCCCUGGGGGAGAAGGGGAGGGGAUCUCUGAUGAUACGCCAAACUAUGCGUAUCGGCCUCCACUCCCCAACAUCACGACCAAACCCCUGUCCACUUUCAUUCAUGUGAAUCCGGAUCCACAGGCAGCCUCCAAAGUCUUUAACACGGCUGUUGGAUUCUUCUGGCAAACGGUUGACAGUGAUGAAACAAAGCAUGACCAGGACAUACAUGAUAAAGAUGUGAAUUAUGACACUCAGAACACAUUGUCCCUAAUCUAUAAAAAGAUUUAUCAAGACCCAUCAGCCAUAAUGGGAGUAUUCAAUCGUGUUUUACAGCUAGGAUUAGAUAUUUCCGGUAUCCGUUUAGUUUACCCUUCUCCGGAACAGAUGAAUAUGCCAAAGGCAGACAAUGCUUCAGUAUUUACAGACAUUGAGCUAUUAAACAACAUUGGUGCAGUUCUGGCUGUGUGUGUGAGAGGCACUUGUGCCAGGAUGAUCUGGCUUGAUGCAGUAGGGCCAUCGGACCCAGUGUUAGCCAGGAAAACAGACCCGAAUUCCCUGUGUGCCUUGUAUGGGGGAGAUUCCAGGGACGAGUGUCUGUUGUUCUGCCCGAGGACUCCUGCUAGGGUUCACACUGAGCUUGUCAGGUGGUUUGGGGGGCGUGUACCGCCAGGCAAUGUAAUUGAUGUGGGCACACCGUACACCAAAAAGGAUAAUCUUAGAAGCGGUAGUCCAAAAGGACGUCGAAACAAGAAAGUGACAUUCGCUGAUGACGUGAUUGUGACAGAUGGGGAAGUCAAUAAUACUGUACACAGGCCUUUAGCAACACUUACAGCCACAACUAAAAGUGAGAUAAUGCUGGUGAUUUCACCACUCGUGCCUCCAAAAUGUUUUGGAAUUAUUCUAGCCUCGUGUCAGAGACGAGGUUUCCAGGUCACUGGUGUGCGACGGGUUAGACUCUCCAGCAAAAAGGCUGCAGCUCUAGGUAUUACUGGUGCCGGCCUUAAGACAUUCUGUCCAGGCUCACUGACUAGUGAGUCGUUUGAUGCCAGCCUGGCAGGUCAUGUGGAUCCCCAGGGUCACCGCCGGUGGGUGGAGUCCACCUUCCCGUCCACCAUCCUACAGCUUCUGAAGGAGAACGCCACCCACAGUGCAGCCAGUCUGGUAGAGGACUGCAUGGUGCAGCUGACACGCCAGGGCAUUAUGGGAGCUCUUCAGAAGAGAGAACAGUUUCCUCUGGAGUCUGCUCACAUGUUUCAUGCUGCCAGGUUCUCUGAAGGGCUGCUGGCCACUCUUGGUGGAGAGUUUAGCAAGUGUUAUGAUCCGGAGGUCCAGAUCAACCCAAGCUAUGUGAUACCACAACUGUACACCAAUCCAGAACUAGAGCAGAUCACAGUUCUUUUGCUGUUAGGACAUAAUAUACUCAAGUCUUCUGGAAUCUUGAUUGGUCGGCUGCUAGGAAUGGUCCCGUACAGUCGUCAGCCAGCUUCCCUGCCGUUCCUCGAGGGCCUAGAACUACUGGGCCUCAAGUGGCUGCCCAGGCUCAGUGUGACCCAGGCCAAGGAGGUCACGCCAUGUGAGGUGGGAGACAGGCUCUGGAAGGACAGUCUGCACACACUUGCUGGCGAGCCUUGUCUAGUGCUAGCUCUACGCGGGGUGAAUGCCUUCGCCAAGCUAGAGACCAUAGUACCACCGAGACCAACGUUAGGAAGUCCAGGGAACCAGUUCAAUCUGGAGAUGAUUCACACACGAACCGCAGAGGAGGCAUAUACCUUCAUCAGGCAGUUCUUCACGGAGAGGGAGCUCUUCUCAGACCCACUGUCCCGGCCCAUGUUGCCGUAUAUCCCGCAGUAUUAUCAUGAGUUCCAUGUAUUAAAUGGCCCCCACGAGGCUGUGGCCACUUAUCCAAAGGAAGAGUCCAUCUUUGAGAUGAUGCAGUCGGGCCCUCGACCCUUCCCCACUUUCUUGCUCAUCAAGCCCAGGGCACUGCACAAGCACCUCACCAAGAUCCUCAAGAAGCUUGCACAGGAGAACUUCUGCAUUGUGGCCUUGAAGCUCCUGGUGCUCUCUCGUGAACAGGCACAGAGGGUCAUACCAGAGGAGGUCAAGUUAGAGGAAGAUCGCACCAAGCACUUGCAGUAUCUGACAGGUGGGCCCAGCCUGUGUCUGUGUGUUGAGAGGGAGAAUGCAGUGAAGAGGCUGCUUGACCUGCUGGGACCAGAGGAUCCUCAGAGCGCGCGCAGGCUCUCACAGUUCUACUGGAGGGGAGUCUUUGGAGGGGACAUCGUCACCAACGCACUCUAUGGCUCCAAGAACUACAGACAGGCAAUUGAUGAUGUUCGCUAUUUCUUCCCAGCGGGGCUCUGCUGUCAAGAGAGUGACAUCCAUAUUCAAGAACUGAUCCAGAGUCCAGCAGUGGAUAUAGAGAUAGACAUCAAGUAUAACACCAGUAGAGAUAUUCUCUUUUCAAAAAUGGAGGUCUCAGAACAAGAUUCCUCGCAUUUGUUUCUCAACCAGACGACCUGCCUCAUUCUGAUGCCAGUAUUAAUGAAGAAGUUUGGAUCUCACUUUGGAUAUGUGGAGGUCAUAGAGGGACUUGUGCAUCAAGGGUUUGAGUUGGUUGGUGGCCGGAUGGUGUGGUUCACCCAGGAGCAAGCAGAGCAUGCACUGUGUGCACUGGAUGCGGGGAGCUUCCAACAGGUUCCUUUCCUGGUGUCUGGUCCAAGUAUAGUGCUAGCUGUACAGAGGGACAAUGCUGUCCUAGCUUUUGACACCAUAUUACGGGAGACCUUCAGUACAGAGACCAACCAAGGAAGGUCUGUGACAGAUUCCAUACUGCACAAGUAUGGCAGGUUCAUUCUCCGUCCAAAUGAUAUCAAACAGGCCAGUGAUGCUUUAAGGUUCUUCUUCAAUCGGCUGACACCGGACAGCCAGGCACAGAUAAUACCCUUAGCUCAAACCUGAACACAGAAAACGGUGAACAAAGAGGUUUCCUCAUCACUUAUAAUUGUUCAUGUCACAAUUGACAACAUAAAGAGACUCCUUGUAAGGCUGUUAAGUCAGUGUUGCUCAAUGUUCAUUGACCCAGCUCAUUUGUUUGUAUGUUAGGUCUUCUGUGCGUUAUGAGGUUAACCAAAAAUAACUUUUUUUUUAUAAAAUCAAUAGUGCUUUAUACAAAGCUUUGGUAUUUGAGUGGCAUCUUGUGUUUGAUGCUGGUUUGUUAAAAGUGAGACAACAUGUUAAAAGAUACCAAUAAAUUGAAAACGGCUUAUUAAUUUCAAAAUAUUUAUAGACAUAAAGUUAUUUUGGAAUAUGUCUUGGCUCUUACCUUAUGACUAGCAAGUAAUUUAAUUACCAAUCCUGAAGUGUAAGCUUAUUAUUUCACUUUCAUUGAGGCCCUGUGCUGUAUGUUGUCAAUGUUUUAAACAUUGUUUAGAUUUACGUUGGUGCUUCAAAGUUGCAGUUGUGCCUAUAUUUUGAUGCAAAUUGUUUGUAUUUUUGAGAUGCCCAUAAGUUAUAUUGCUAAUACAAAAAAUUAUCAUGCUUUUGUAUGAUUGAUAUUACAAAUGUUUGUGAUAUGUAGACAGCCACUGCAGGUUUUCAUAGAUUAUCUUAAUUGUUAUUGUAAGGUACUGCAGAUAGCAACUAAAUACAUGGAUGCAUAUCAGGCUAUAUGGUUAAGUUGUUAUAUCAGAUCUGAGCCAAAAAAUAUGAUUAUUAAUUUCAUUGUCCAAACAUUUUGGGCAAGUUGGGUCAACAUCACUGCUGCUAAAUAUAGAAAACAGUGCUGCUGGAUAGCUUGAGUGUAAGAUGGAAAUAUUUUGAAGACUUCAUUAAGUGGCAGUGGGGUUGUGGUAAGGUCAGUGUUACUCAAAACAACAGAAAGACCCUUUCUGCUUAAUAGGUUGAGUUAGGAUGAAGAUGCUGUUAUGACAUUUUGUGUGUAAAUAGCCUUCAUGCAGGUAUAGGUUGGGUUCGCAUUUAGGGCCAGUCAAGUCAAGGCCACUAUUCUUAAAAUAGACUGGGCUGGCAAGCUCAGCUGGUAGAGGGCUGGACUACAAAUCUGAAGAUGGCAGGUUCAAACCCCAGGCCCUACAAAUAUCUUGUGUGUGGAUUGUUCUGAGUUCGUGAAAUCCUUUCUCCCUAACCUGUAAUUCAAGUAUGGUAAAAAGGAGCAUUAACAACAUCAAACAAAACAAACAAAAAACAAACUAAAAUUGGCAAACAGUUUCUAUUCAAUAUCUUGAGGAAGGAUGGAGAUUUUGUGCUCAUUGUGUUUGUAUGUUGCUUACAUGCAAACCUAAUUUGGGAUUGCAUUGGGGCCUUCUGGUCAUGGUUAUUAGUCCCCUACCGGUUUGCAUGCGCUCCGUCUGUCAGUCCGUCCGUCCGUCCGCGCGUCACACUUUUCUGGAUCCUGCGAUAACUUUAAAAGUUCGUAACAUUUUUUCAUGAAACUUGGAACAUGGAUAGAUGUCAAUAUGGACAUUAUGCACGUCAUUUUAUUUCUUUCCUACGUCAAAAAUUAUGGUUGCUAUGGAAACAAAUAGACUAAAAAUACUGCUGAAAUGGUGGUUUUCUGGAUCCUGCGAUAACUUUUAAAGUUCUUAUUAUUUUUUCAUGAAACUUGAAACACGGAUAGAUGGCAAUAUGGACAUUAUGCAUGUCAUUUCAUUAUGUAACUACAUCAAAAAUUCUGGUUGCUAUGGCAACAAAUAUAUAUAUUUUUUAAAUCUGAAAAUGGUGGAAUUUCUGACAAUGGUGGAGCCGGUAGGGGACUUAUAUUGCUUGACAAUUGUCUUGUUGAUUCAUAACAUAUUCAACGCGCUGCUGUUCAGUAUUUUUAGUUAAGAUGGAGGUAUUGUGUUGAAUUUGUGUGUUGAUGGAGUUUACAUGCAUACCUAGUUUUCGUAUGCGCAGGCAGGAUAAUUGAUUUUAAUUAAUUGACAUGACGCCUUAUCUAUGAUCGCUCCGCCCACUUAAUCACGUGGCUCAGCGGGUAGCAAACCUAGACAAGCUAACACCAAAAUGGCUUCAUUGCCUUUAUGAUGCAUGUAGAUUAAUGCGAUAUUCUGGAUUAUUUUUAUGGACUUUUUUGACACCAUAUGACACUUGUAUAAGGGGUUUGUGUCAUUUAGUUAUUCUGCGAAUCCAAAAAAUAUACGUUUAUAGAGAACAUCAGCUAAUUAUAACGGGUUUUUUGGUACAUGAACAACGCUCUCAAACGCUUGCGUGCUGACCGAAAUCGAACCUGUUAUUACGUGUGAUGUUGUUAUUAGCAAUAAAUUAACACUUCUUCAACGGCAUUUACCCAUGUUAUUUACGAAACAUUUCCACUCGUGUAUUUGACACGAAAUAGCGCUUUGAACUGGGAUUUCGGUGAAGUUUUACACGCUUUCUGACACAGUGUGUACCAAAAUCCCAAAUGUUAUUACGUAUAAAAGUGAUAUUAAUAAUAUUAAGCAUUGCUUAUGGGACAUUUAUCAAUCACUAUAAUUGAAAGACAGCACAAUAAGUUUGGUCAUUGUCAUAUAUAAAGUAGCGCUGUAUGAAGGGGAAUUCAGUAAAGCUACCUGUAUCAGACGCUGGCGCAGGUACCGACUUCUCCCAAGUUUGGCAUUUAUUAAUUAUAUCAGUAAUAAUAAAUCUUAUUAUGUGGCAUUUAUCGCUUCGAUUCUAUUAAAAUAGAAACAUAUAAUCGUUUUCACUUGUUUCUGACUCACACAAAACUUGAUUUAUAACGGGGAUUGCGUUAAGUUACGCAAAGUUGGUACCAAUCUUCUCUAUUAUUCUACAAGCACACGUGAUAUAAUACAUACUUAAUAAUGCGUAGUUAUUUCAAACAUAACAUUUCCAGUUUUUUAAAUAAAUAAAUGCUCCAAAAGGGUGAUCUCGGUAUUUCUACACAUUGAAGCUUCCACUUGCUCUUGUCAAGACCGCAUUUCCGCGUUUGAAAUGGUAUAUAUUUAAUUAAUCUAACUUAUGGAUACCGAAUGUCAGAGUUACAUAAAACCUAUUCACAACGUUUUUUCCUUAUUUAAUUUUCACUUUUUUCCGAACAAAUCAAAAGCAACUCGUUGAUAAAAAUGAGAACUAGGCAUUCGAUCUCAAAGGUGGAUUAAAAGCGUUCAUUGGUGUCAUCACAUUUCUGCACAUGUGUAGAUACCGUUAUUAAUAUAAUAUAUCACUUGUCACCUUCUAAUAACAUGUACCUUCUAAUAACAUGUAUAAUGGCAAUAAAGUGCAUUACAAUCAGAGUAAUAAACACAGCACAAAUUAGGCUUCAUGCUUGGAUUUAUUUCUCUUUAAGUAAUGCAGAUAAACCUCGCUUCUGUAUAUUAAUGACCUAGUAACUGAUAUAACUUUUUUUUUUAAACGUUAAAUAUUAUGUGAUAAUCAGAUCGAUAACAUAAACUAUUUAAAUCUGCUAGUAUAUCCAAUAAAAAUAUAUUAUAAUUGUCUUUGACAGUUUUGAUGUUCAGUUGUUCGUGGUGACGACAGCAUGCAUUUAUACAUCUCUAACACUUCUCAAGAUCUCUUUUCGGCUUUGGAAACGAUAUAAAUUAAAUGUCACCAACUAAUCUUUCAGGAUAUCGAUUGUCUGAGUUACAUUGUCCCCAUCGACACAGUUUAACCAUUUUUAAUCUACUUUUUUAAAGAGGAAAACAAAAGAAACUCGCUAAAGUAAAAGUGAACCUAUACAUAGCUUGUCUAGAAAAUGGUGGACAGUUCGUUGCUAACUAAAGCCCGAUUAAUCGAUCGCUGAUUGGUAGAUCAGUUCUUAGAUAAGAACUUGAUUGACAGGCGGCGUCAUGUCAAUUGGUAAAAUGUUUAAAAACCUGUCUACAUGGCGUUGUCUCGUCUCUACUUACUUUAAAAAAAAAUUUGCUAACAUUAGUUUGCAUCUUAUUAAUAUUACUUCAUUUGCCAUUGAAAGUUUUGCUCAGUUUAUAUUGACUUUGUAAAACCCUUGAAUGCCUUGUAUUUUUGCUUGUAAGAAAACCAUCAUAUGUUUUGAAUUGUUAAGAGAGUAAAUUAUACAUUGAACUCUGAUAAUCAGUAUUUUUGUAUUCACUGUACUGUUUUAAUAGUGUGUAAGCAAAGAUGAAGCCUUAUUUAAGAAUGAAAUAGCAGACCAUCACUCUGCUGUGUAAUUGAGAAAAUGUGAGGGUUUUAAUUGUCCCCUACCGGUUUCACCAGAGGGGUCUUAUGGUUUGCGCUUUGUGUGUCCGUCCGUGAGUCUGUGAGUCUGUCACACUUUUCUGGAUCCUGCGAUAACUUUUAAAGUUUUUAAUAUUUUUUCAUGAAACUUGAAACACAAAUUGAUGGCAAUGUGGACAUUAUGCACAUCAUUUCAUUUUGUUCCUACAUCAAAAAUGCUGGUUGCUAUGGCAACAAAAUAAUAAUUCUGACAAUGGUGGAGUCGGUAGGGGACAUAAUUGCUUGGCAAUAGUCUUGUUUAUACUAUAUUGUACCAAUGUAUGUGCCUUGUAUAUGCCUUGUUAAAUUGUUUCAACUUUUUAACAUUUCCAUUAAAUAACCAGAUAUGUGAAAUGACAAAUUGGAAGUUUGAUUCUUUUGAUAAGGUUUCUAUAUUCAUAUUGUUUGUUAAGCUUAAAACAAUAAGUCAAAGAACAAGGUCUCUGUUUGUUCAUGUUCUUUCAUAAGUAAAGUUAAUUUGACUUUAAACUAGUUCAGUUGUGUAUGUUUAAUAUUGCUGAUGUUUAUUUAUUUUUAUCUUAAAGAUUAUUGCAUUUUUCCAUGUGUGUAUUGAUAUAUUAUUGUUUAUGAAUGUAAAUGGGUAAAACACUUGUUACCUGAUUAUUGUGUGGUUAUCACAAGCAAAAUUAACCACAUAUAUGUUUGGUUUCACAAUAUUCUUUACAAUUGAUAAAAAAACGUGUAAAAGAUGUACAUACACUCUUAUAAUUUAUAUGUGUGCUGGCAUUGAUCAAUAUGAUAUAACAGUUAUGUUAGUUAUGUUAAUAGUGUGUGGUUUUGCACUGAAUUUCUGGUGCCAGUAAUGCAGUUUAGUUUAAUGCGUUCUGAGUUUUUUGUUUAAAUUCAUCUUCUCAGAAGUAAAAAAAAAACACUAACUGUACUGUGUAAUCCUUGAACUGUGUUUACUUUUAAACUCCGUCCAACUAUUUAUUUUAUUGCAUAUUUAUUUAUGUAUUUAAAACCUAUACCUUAUGCACGUUUAAUAAAGUUUGUAUGCUAUUUUUUUACUGCUGUUAAAUGGAUUUAUUUACUGAUCCCGAAUGAGAUUUAGGUUUACGGUCCCGAAUGAGAUUUAGGUUUACGGUUUUCAAAACCCUAUAAAUUUCCAUGUACAAGCAUCGCUGAAAAUAGUUAAAAUUGCAUACCGUAUCUACUCUUAUUAACUUAUCAAAGUUACCAUUAGUCCAUAAAAUGGAUCAACCUUGUACCUAAUAAUGAGAAUGGUUUUUCAAAAGAAGAGUAGACCGGAUUUCAACUUUUUUUAUGCAUGAUGUCCCCAAAUGUAUUGAACAUUUUUUGUAUUUCAAAAUCUACAGUCGUAUGUAAAUUGAUUUUGUUUCUAAAUUUUAUUGUAUUAUUUUGCCAUGUUAUAUGUUGGCUUUCAUAUUGCUGUGUACUCUACCUGAUCUGUUGUAUCUGUUAACAGCUUGUUUACUGUUCAUUGCACUGUCCACUUGUUUUGUGAUAAUUAAUCUUGCAUUAUGAGUUUUACUUUAAGAAAUAAAAGUUUAUGAAUGA